GCCUGGCAUUCAUCAUUCCCUCCAACUCCCAUCACUCUCUUUCUUGUUUCUCUCUCUAAAUCGCCCACUUUUUUCCUGUAAUAUUCCUUCUUUCCCUCUCUAAAAUACUUAUUAUUCUUCUUCCCUAGCCCCACUUCCCACUAUUUUUCUGACUUUUGCCUCCUUCCUCGAGCUUUUCCCAUUCUCUACUUCCAGAAAAUUGUAUGAUUUUCACCAGUUUUGCUUCUUAGAUUGGAUCUGCUGCUGUCAGUUAGAUUCGUCCGACCUUGGAUUUGGCUUCUUCGAUUCCGGAUUUCUGAGUUCAGGGUCGGGUUAUUCUUUGUUUCGAGCUUGGUCAUUGAAGAUAAGAAAGUAGAAAAAUAGUAUGGCUGUUUCCAUGAGGGACUUGGAUCCCGCUUUCCAGGGAGCUGGACAAAAGGCUGGGCUGGAAAUAUGGCGUAUUGAGAAUUUUAAUCCUAUUCCCAUCCCGAAGUCCUCUUAUGGGAAGUUUUUCACAGGGGACUCCUAUGUAAUCUUGAAGACAAUUGCUUCAAAGAGUGGUGCCCUCCGUCAUGAUAUUCAUUACUGGCUUGGAAAAGACACCAGUCAGGAUGAAGCUGGUGCUGCAGCCCUCAAGACAGUUGAGCUGGAUGCAGCUCUUGGAGGUCGUGCUGUUCAAUAUCGUGAAGUGCAGGGUCAUGAAACUGAGAAAUUCCUGUCUUACUUCAAACCCUGUAUUAUACCUCAGGAAGGUGGAGUUGCAUCUGGUUUUAAGCAUGUAGAGGAUGAAGAAUAUAAGACUCGAAUGUUUGUAUGCAAAGGAAAACAUGUUGUGCAUGUCAAAGAAGUUCCUUUCGCCCGAUCUUCACUAAACCAUGAUGAUAUAUUUAUUCUGGAUACGAAAUCCAAAAUCUUCCAAUUUAAUGGUUCAAAUUCAUCUAUUCAAGAAAGGGCUAAAGCAUUGGAAGUUGUGCAAUAUAUUAAAGAUACACACCAUGAGGGGAAAUGUGAGGUGGCUGCUAUUGAGGAUGGAAAGUUGAUGGCUGAUUCUGAAACGGGAGAAUUUUGGGGUUUCUUUGGGGGUUUUGCCCCUCUUCCACGAAAACCAGCCAGUGAUGAUGAUCAGCAUGUUGAUGAUACUCACACUCCAAAGCUGCUUUGCGUUGAAAAGGGGCUAGCUGAACCUGUUACGAACGAUUCUCUGACAAGGGAGUUACUGGACACAAAUAAAUGCUAUAUUCUUGAUUGUGGGCUGGAAGUGUUUGUCUGGAUGGGAAGAAAUACCUCUCUUGAUGAAAGGAAAAGUGCAAGCGGAGUGGCUGAUGAGUUAGUCAGUGGCUCUGAUAGACAGAAAUCCCAGAUAAUUCGUGUAAUUGAAGGAUUUGAAACAGUGAUGUUCAAGUCCAAGUUUGAUUCUUGGCCUCAGAUGACUGAAGUAACAGUGUCUGAAGACGGUCGUGGAAAGGUGGCAGCACUUCUGAAACGCCAAGGAGUGAAUGUCAGGGGUCUGCUGAAAGCUGAUCCUGUAAAAGAAGAACCUCAACCCUAUAUUGAUUGCACAGGGAAUUUGCAGGUUUGGCGUGUAAAUGGUCAGGAAAAGAUUCUCCUUCCUGCUUCUGAUCAGUCAAAGCUUUAUAGCGGAGAUUGCUACAUUUUCCAGUAUACGUAUCCUGGAGAGGACAAGGAAGAGUAUCUUAUAGGAACAUGGGUUGGAAAGACUAGUGUUGAGGAAGAAAGAGCUUCGGCUAUUUCCCUCGCAAGCAAAAUGGUUGAGUCAUUGAAGUUUCUUCCUUCACAGACUCGUAUUUAUGAAGGGAAUGAGCCAAUUCAAUUUUAUACUAUCUUCCAAAGCUUGAUUGUUUUUAAGGGUGGACUUAGUAAAGGAUACAAAAAUUACAUUGCGGAAAAGGAAAUUCCUGAUGAUACGUACAAUGAGGAUGGUGUUGCACUAUUUCGCAUCCAGGGCUCAGGCCCUGACAAUAUGCAAGCUAUACAAGUUGAACCAGUUGCUUCCUCCUUGAAUUCCUCUUAUUGCUACAUACUUCAUAAUGGGUCCACUGUCUUUACAUGGACUGGAAACCUUACAACCUCAGAUGUCCAGGAACUUGUUGAGAGGAUGCUGGAUUUGAUAAAGCCAAAUUUACAGUCAAAGCCACAAAAGGAAGGGUCCGAAUCUGAACAGUUUUGGGAUUUGUUGGGAGGAAAAUCUGAAUAUCCCAGUCAGAAGAUUGUAAGGUCUGCAGAAAGUGAUCCUCACCUGUUUUCUUGCAACUUCUCAAAAGGAAACUUGAAGGUGACAGAGAUAUUCAAUUUUUCCCAGGAUGAUUUGAUGACUGAAGAUAUCUUCAUCUUAUAUUGUCACUCUGACAUCUUUGUCUGGGUCGGGCAACAGGUUGACCCCAAGAGUAGAAUGCAGGCUUUAACAAUUGGUCAGAAAUUUCUUGAGCACGAUUUUCUUUUAGAAAAGGCGUCUCAUGAAACUCCGAUGUACAUUGUCAUGGAAGGGAGUGAGCCUCCUUUCUUCACUCGUUUCUUCACUUGGGAGUCUGCAAAAUCUGCUAUGCUGGGAAACUCGUUUCAGAGGAAACUCACAAUAGUGAAAAAUGGGGGAACUCCAACUGUGGAUAAACCCAAACGAAGAUCACCAGCAUCCUAUGGGGGAAGAUCUAGCAGUGUGCCCGACAAGUCCCAGCGCUCCCGCAGCAUGUCUUUUAGUCCAGAUCGUGUUCGUGUACGGGGAAGGUCUCCAGCCUUCAAUGCCUUAGCAGCUGCAUUUGAGGACCCUAAUGCCAGGAACCUUUCAACUCCACCUCCAGUCGUUAGGAAACUGUAUCCCAAAUCUGUGACCCCAGAUUCAGCAAAAUUGGCACCCAAAUCCACAGCCAUAGCAGCACUUAGUUCUAGCUUUGAACAACCACCCUCAGCUCGAGAUAGUAUGAUACCCCGGUCUAUCAAAGUGAAUCAGAGUCCAGAGGCUCCCAAACCUAAGCCUGAGACAAACAAUAAGGAAAAUUCCCUGACCAGCAGAAUAGAAUCUCAAACCAUUACGGAAGAUGUGAAAGAGGAUGAAGCUGAAGAUGAGGAAGGUCUUCCAAUUUACCCAUAUGAAAGCCUCAAAAUAUCAUCUACAAAUCCUGUAACAGACAUUGACGUGACUAAGCGAGAGACUUAUCUAUCAUCUGCGGAGUUCAAAGAGAAGUUUGGGAUGACAAAGGGUGCCUUUUACAAGUUGCCAAAAUGGAAACAGAACAAAUUUAAGAUGGCCGUCCAGUUAUUCUGAUUUUGACGCAUACUUUGCCUUGUCUCAGGACCCUGCAGUUUAGGUUGCAGAGAGGAAAUGAACAUAUGAAAGUGAAAGGGACAGCAUCAGUGUUUUUGUCAGCAUAGCUGCUUCUGCUCUCCCUUGAAGCUAUUCAUUGUUGGAAAAGAAUACAGAGUUUUUCCGCUUUCACCCCUCCUCCCCUUGCCGUGGUUUGAAUGUUAUUAUAGAGUCCUUUUCUUGUUGAGUUAGCUGCUUGGUAUUAAUCUUUAUAGGGCACAGGUUGUUUGUGAGCUUGCUUGCUUUCUUCUGCUUCUCCCCCCCUCCUUUUUUUUUUUUUAAAUUUCCUUGGGGUUUUAAGUUUCAUUUUUUUAUUCAAAAUUGUUUUGGUAAAGCAUUGGUCUUGCAAACGCGGUCUUUUUAGGUUGUAUUGAGGAUGAAGUGUGUACAGCUGAGUGUAAAAACCAGUCAAGUCGUCAUUAGUUUUGGAAAUAAAAGGUGUGAUUUUCUUUUCCUUUUC